AAAUUUCACUGGAUCGUUCCAUUCCGGAUUAUCGUCCCACGAAGACGCCAGCCAUGAUUGGCUGCUCCUUCGUGGUCAACAGGAAGUUCUUCGGUGAAAUCGGUCUUCUUGACCCUGGGAUGGACGUGUAUGGGGGAGAAAAUAUCGAACUUGGAAUCAAGGUGUGGCUCUGCGGGGGCAGCAUGGAGGUCCUGCCUUGCUCACGAGUGGCCCACAUCGAGCGGAAGAAGAAGCCUUACAACAGCAACAUUGGUUUCUACACCAAGAGGAACGCCCUCCGGGUUGCGGAGGUCUGGAUGGAUGAUUACAAGUCUCAUGUGUACAUAGCGUGGAACCUGCCACUAGAGAAUCCGGGAAUUGAUAUAGGCGAUGUCUCUGAAAGAAGAGCCUUGAGGAAAAGUUUAAAGUGUAAGAAUUUCCAGUGGUACCUGGACCACGUGUACCCAGAAAUGAGAAGAUACAAUAACACCAUUGCAUACGGGGAGCUUCGAAACAACAAGGCGAAAGACGUCUGCUUGGACCAGGGGCCACUGGAGAACCACACAGCAAUACUGUACCCGUGCCAUGGCUGGGGGCCCCAGCUUGCCCGCUACACCAAGGAGGGCUUCCUGCACCUGGGCGCCCUGGGGACCACCACACUCCUCCCCGACACCCGCUGCCUGGUGGACAACUCCAAGAGUCGGCUGCCCCAACUCCUCGACUGUGACAAAGUCAAGAGCAGCCUGUACAAGCGCUGGAACUUCAUCCAGAAUGGAGCCAUCAUGAAUAAGGGCACAGGGCGAUGCCUAGAGGUGGAGAACCGGGGCCUGGCUGGCAUCGAUCUCAUCCUCCGCAGCUGCACGGGACAGAGGUGGACAAUUAAGAACUCGAUCAAGUAGCGGGGGUGGGGGGGAGCAGGGGCCCCCAGAGCCUGGCCCCCGGCCUGGGGUCUGCCGUCUUCUGGACCAGCCGCACUGGUAGAGAGACAGCAGGAAGCCAGCAGGUGCUCAGCGGGCCUCCCGGGGCUUCUCCAGAGCAGCACAGGGGCCCCGGAUGGAGACUUGGUGCCCCCCCUUUGGCGCUCAGCAGCCAUGAAGCCUAUGCUCCCUGGAAAAGCCCCGCACCCCUCCUCUGGAAACCCAGGAGCCGUGUCUUCUGCCGCCUGGAUGCGGACCACGUACCACAGAGUGAACCCCCAUGUCCUCUGCAUCCUCUCCCCAGCCACUCUCAGGACUGGGACUGGCAGGGGCCCCUCUUUCUCAUCUCUUGCAGCAGCUUCUGAAUGCCACCCCCAGGCCUCAACAGAGUCAGGGGUGGUGCUCAGCCGCAUCCUGUCUCCCCCUUCUUGGAAGAGACCCUGAGACUCUGUGUCCCUCGACAUUGCUUCUGCCCAGAUGCCCAUUUACAAGGCAGCCUCCACCCCCAACCUUUCCAUCAGAUGGACAGCCCUGGACUUUUCUGGACCCUCCCUAAGAUGGCCUGGAAGGAAUUAAUGCUUCCGUGGUGGGGCUCUAGGCUCCGGUGUUCAUGGGCCAGCUGCUCUGCUUGCGUCUGCAGGGAGCCAGAGACGGAGGGGCUGAGCGCAUAGGGAGGUCGUGGCUGUGAGGGGGCCCCUGGGGCUGGAGCCGGGCCGGUGCAGCUCUGCUCCCCCACCCCGGGGAUCAGGGAGCCCUGACUCACCCAGAGCUUAAGGACUGAAGCCGGCACAACAGAGGGGGCCUGGACCCUGGAGGAUGCUCCGUGUUCACCUCAUUUCACCCCAUGCUCUGCUGGCUGACAGGGGAGAAGGCAGUCGAUUCCUCUCUGAAGAGUAAUAAUUUUUUUCGAUUGCCCUCUGGUUAGGGUGCACUUAUAAAUCAGAGUUAAUAUAUGGACGCGUGUGCAUGCCUAUGAGUGUGUGUGCCUGUGGUGUGCGUGACUGUGUGUGUGCGCGUGCAUGAGGGUGUCCGGGUGUGUGCAUAGGAGUGUGUGAUAGAGCAGAUGUCAGCGUGUGGCCUUGGGCUUGUCGCUUCCUUGCUCACCUGGAUCGGGACAAGGCUGCAGGAAGCUGGGGGGUUGGCCAUGCUUCUUUGGCCAGGAGGACGUGGCCCAGACUUGCCCUAUGUGGAGCCCCAGAUGAAGGCUGUCCCUUUGGCCAGUUCCCUCUCUGUCCCUCAUGCUAUCCCCAAAGGCCAAGCCCUGCCCAGAACCAAAUCCUGUAGUCGCCCAGUUUGGGGUUCACAGUGUCUCAUUUGGUGGCAUCUUAAUUGGUGAUCGUCCCCCGCCCCAUUCCUCCCUUGUGAAAUAAAUACAUGUGAGCACUUCCCAAAA